AUGACAAUUCAAGGAGGAGGGUAUCGGAAUCUCUUCCUUCUAGUUCUUGUUCUACCAUUAGUUUGUACUAACGGAGCUCGCAAUUUACCUUUAUCUAUCAUUAAUGAUGAGGAUAUCGGUUCUUUUAAAAUUCUUGACGAAGAUAGUUUGAACCGCCGCGAUUUUCCUAAUAAUUUUAUUUGGGGUACUGCCACUUCAGCUUUUCAGAUCGAAGGUGUGACGCAUAGAGCAUUUAACAUAUGGGAUAGUUUUACUCACAGAUAUCCAGAAAAGUCAAGUGAUGGAACCGAUGCUGAUCAAGCUACCGAUUCAUACCACCUUUAUAAGAUGGAUGUUGAGAUGAUGAAAAACAUGGGCGUGAACGGCUAUAGAUUCUCCAUUGCUUGGUCUCGAGUAUUGCCGAAGGGGAGAAUAAGUGGAGGAAUAAAUGAAGAAGGGAUCCAAUACUACAAGAACCUUAUCAAUGAGCUCUUAGAUAACGGUAUAGAACCAUUCGUGACUAUUUUUCACUGGGAUGUUCCUCAAACUUUAGAAGACAUGUACGGAGGACUUUUGGAUCGUAACAUUGUGUCUGAUUAUCGGGAUUUCGCAAAUCUUUGCUUUAGAGAAUUUGGUGAUAAAGUAAAGUACUGGAUAACAAUUAAUCAACCCUACAGCCUUGGGUUUAAUGCUUAUGGAAAAGGCGAACAAGCGCCUGGACGAUGUUCUGCUUGGAUGCACAAAAAUUGCACAGGAGGAGAUUCGGGAACCGAACCAUAUAUCGUAGCCUACCAUGAACUUCUUGCCCAUGCAGAAGUUGUUCAGUUAUAUAGAAGAGAAUAUAAGGAAACUCAGAAAGGCAAGAUAGGUAUUACAUUAGUAGCUAAUUGGUAUUAUCCAUUGAGAAAUACAAUUGAUGAUAUCAAUGCUGCUCAAAGAGCUCAAGAUUUCAAGCUCGGAUGGUUUUUGGAUCCAAUA